CGCUGGAUAACCAUCCACCGUUCCGCCCAGUACCUGCGUUCUGCUUCACUUUCAAGUGACUUUGGGCUUCAUUUCACUUUCCCCUCUGGCUUCUGGUCUCUCUACGAGGGUCACCUAAAAAUGGAGCUUCCAGCUCUACCAGACCCGCUGAAAAUAAAUUGGAAACGACAAACUGGAGCUCUAACUUCUCAACUGCCCUCAGGAUCUCAUGCUUUGAGAUUACAAAAUGUUUCUAGCAAGGCUGAAUUGCUUGAAGUGCUGUCAGGAUUACUCGCCACCCCUGGCCUUACAAUGAUUGUGGCGACAGCUUUUAGGCCUCUUUUGAUAGAUCUAUGUGCUAGGUGGCUGACUGAUGCUACGAAUGGGCCAAGCCAGGAAGAUAGGCUUGAAGCUUUGUGCUUGCUUUUGGAGAUACACCCGGAGAUUUUCUCUAUUCUGUCUGCAUUUUUGCGACAACCAGAAUACGAAGACGGACCACUUGGGUUCAUCAACACCAUCGAAGACCUAUCUUCCAUCUCCGCGUCCUUACUCCACCGCAUUCUUCUCGCAUACUAUCGAAUCCUCCAAGCCUCACGCGAACUCCCUCGCUACCUAAUCUGGCCUCUCAAACCACUCUCAAAACUCAUAUGGACACCACACCCCGACCCCGGUGUCCGUUUUCUCGCUAUCAGGUGUUAUGCACUUCAUUCUGGCAUGAUGGAAGGCGAGAGAGUGAAAAUGGAGAAGGAAGUGAUCGGAGAUGUUGCUGAAGUGGACUGUCCGAUCGAAUAUAGUGUUAAGUUUGAUGAAGAAGAAGGAUUGGAAGGGAAGAGAGAAGCCGUGGACGGAUGGAUCAUGCCAGCAAUUGAAGUGGAGAGGGUGGUCAACGCUAGGAACAAGCACCUCGAGCCGGUGGACUAUUAUUCAGCUGAAGAAAGCGACUCAGUCGAGCCUAUUCAUCCCGCGGAACUGAGUCAAAAUACUGUCAACAUACAUGGCGUACUAAUAUUUUCCCCAUCAAAAUACCCCAGAGUCGACUCGCGACUCAUCGACACACCCACAGCGGUCGACUCCCUUCGCAUGCUCGCGAUCCAUAUAUCUAUGAACGUCCCCACCCUCCUCACUUCCUCGCCUUCCGCCGGAAAAUCUCUCUUGCUCUCCCACCUUGCUUCCACGCUCUACCCCAACGUUCAUAAUCAGAUAGUCACUAUCCAUCUAGCUGAUACCUCCCUUGACCCUCGAUCACUCCUCGGCUCACACAUAUCCUCCACAACACGGCCAGGCACUUUCGAAUGGAAAGCAGGUGUUCUCGUCCGUGCGAUGCGAGAAGGAAAAUGGGUCGUCUUCGAAGACAUUGACCGAGGUUCCAGCGAAGUCCUCGGAAUGAUCAAACCUCUCGUCGAAUCUCUCGGUGCAGACAAGUGGAUAGGCGGUCGUGCGGUCAUGGAAGUACCUGGACAAGGGCGCGUCGAAGCUCACGAAAACUUUGCUUUAUUCGCUACUCGCUCUGUCACGCCGUUGAGAAAUGGACAGUUCCCACAGGCACAUUUCUUCGGAGCGCAUAAAUGGCAUGAUGUCAUGGUGAAAAGUCCAACCCAUGCUGAUUUGAGGAUGAUCAUCGACGCGAGGUUUCCCAGGUUGGCUGGCGUUGCAAACGAGGGAUUAAUUAGGCUUUGGGUUGCCGUCAGAAAUGUUGGGAGUGCUGCUUCAACUAGGGAGAUCGGGCUGAGAGAGUUGGAUAAGCUUUGCACGAGGGUGGAAAACUUGCUUCCGGCGAGUUUCCAGCUGAUGGAUGUUGAUUUGGAAGACGAAGAAGGUCUCCUGUUGACGACGGCGUUCCCGAAUACAACUCUCCGGGAAGACAUUUAUUUUGAAGCACGAGAUGUGUUCUUCGGCGCAGGGGCAACCACAGCAGCUGCUCGUGCGCAUUUGGAUGCAAUUGCAACUCUCGUGGCAGAACACCUGGCUCUUACACCGGAACGUCGUGACUGGGUCUUGCAGUCCAAGAUCCCAGAAUACCAAGUAGAAAAGGAUGUUGACGGCCAAGUUACCGCCGUUCGUCUAGGCCGCACGCGACUGGUAGCAAGUCCCCCGCAUAACAAACUCUCACUCCCCGCCAACCGACCCUUCGCGAUGCACAAACCCGCCGUGCUUCUCAUGUCUCGUAUCGCAACCUCGGUAUCAUUGAACGAACCUAUCCUUCUCACCGGCGAAACAGGCACAGGAAAGACGAGUGUGGUUACCCACCUCGCAUCACUUCUUCGCAAACCACUUAUCUCCCUCAACUUGUCCCACCAGACUGAGUCCGCUGAUAUCAUUGGUGGGUUUAAGCCUGUAGAUGCGAGAGUACCUGCAUCAGAGUUGCAAACGAGAUUCUUGGAUCUAUUUGGUGGAACAUUCAGUCGGAAGCGCAAUGCUAAGUUCGAGGAGGGUGUGAGGAAGGCUGUCCAGGAAGGGAAGUGGAGGAGGGCUGUUGCGCUUUGGUUAGAGAGUGCGAAGAUGGCCAAGGAUAGGAUUCAAGCGAGGGCUGCUGAAGAGCAGUUGCAAUCACCGACAAGAGAGGGUGAAGCGCCGCGCAAACGGAGGAAGACUGAACAUAAUAGCUUGAAUGUUUCUGAAGCCACUUGGGACGCGUUUGAGCGUGAUGUCCGGACGUUCGAAGUACAGCACGUCCAAGGGAAUGGAAAGUUCGCUUUUGGGUUUGUUGAGGGACCUUUGGUAAAGGCAUUGCGUUUGGGGCAUUGGAUUCUUCUCGAUGAGGUCAAUCUCGCCAGCUCGGAGACCCUCGAGUGCAUCUCAGGUCUCCUGCAUGGCCCAACUGCAUCCAUUACCCUCACCGAGCAAGGCUCACUCGAACCAGUGAAACGGCAUCCAGAUUUCCGACUGUUCGCUUGUAUGAACCCCGCAACCGAUGUAGGCAAGAAGGAUCUCACGCCUAAUAUUCGUUCUCGUUUCUCCGAAAUCGACGUCCCGCCUCCAGAUGCUGACCAAGAAACUCUGCUCAGUAUCGUGAGCCAUUACAUUGGUCCUUAUGCGGUCGGUGACAAGGGCGCGAUCAUGGACGUAGCCGAGUUCUACACCGCCGUUAGACGGCUAGCGGAACGACGAGAAAUCGCUGACGGCUCGAAUCACCGGCCACAUUUUAGCAUGCGUACAUUGGCUCGUGCUCUGACCUUCACAUUCGAUAUCGCGAAUGCCUACUCUCUCAGACGAGCACUAUGGGAGGGUUGUCUUAUGGCUUUCACCAUGGUUCUUGACAAGCCUAGCGCCGCUAUCGUCACUUCCCUCGCGCAAAAGCACGUACUAUCAAACGUGAAGAACGUCCGUUCGCUCCUGGCCAGGGAUCCUGCGUCUCCCAAGCAUCCGGAAAACUUUAUCAAGUUUGGACCGUUCUAUCUCGAGCGUGGUCCUUUACCCGAGGAUCCAAUGGGAGACUACAUCAUGACGCCGUCGGUUGAAACAAAGCUAGUGGAUUUGGCAAGGAUCAUUGUCACGCGAAGGUUCCCUGUUCUCAUCGAAGGACCUACAUCUAGUGGGAAGACAAGUUCCAUCGAGUACCUGGCUAGGAGGACUGGCCAUCGGUUCAUUCGAAUCAAUAACCACGAACACACGGACAUCCAAGAAUACAUCGGCACUUAUGUUUCCGAUCCCACGACUGGCAAGCUUGUCUUCAAGGACGGCCUUUUGGUUCGUGCUCUCCGCCAAGGGGACUGGAUCGUGUUGGAUGAAUUGAACUUGGCGCCGACCGAUGUUUUGGAAGCACUCAAUCGCUUGUUGGAUGACAAUCGGGAGUUGGUGAUACCAGAAACACAGGAAGUAGUCAAACCGCACCCUCAUUUUAUGCUGUUUGCUACUCAGAACCCUCCAGGUUUGUAUGCAGGUCGCAAAAUCCUCUCGAGAGCCUUCCGCAAUCGUUUCUUGGAAGUACAUUUCGAAGAUGUUCCACAAGUCGAAUUAGAAACUAUUCUUUGUCAACGCUGCCGUAUCGCUCCUUCGUAUGGGCAGAAGAUCGUCGCUGUCUUCGAGGAACUUCAAAAGCGCCGACAAACCAGUCGCAUCUUCGAAAGCAAGCAUGGAUUUGCUACUCUUCGUGAUUUGUUCAGGUGGGCAGGCAGAGACGCCAUCGAUUACCAGGAACUCGCGGACAACGGAUUCAUGCUCUUGGCGGAACGUACUCGUCGUACAGAAGAUAGGAUCGUAGUCAAAGAGAUUAUCGAAUCCAUUAUGAAGGUUCGAAUUGACGAAGCCCGGCUCUAUGACCUACACAACCCACAGCGGAACGCUAUCGACUAUCUUGACUGCCCAAUACCUUCUUCGUCUGACAUCGUCUGGACUUCUGCUAUGCAACGACUUUUUAUACUGGUGGCUCGUGCCCUUCGUUUCAACGAACCUGUACUUCUUGUUGGCGAAACAGGUUGUGGCAAGACGUCGGUGUGCCAACUCUAUGCUCAGGUCUUGUCUAGGCAAUUGUAUACUGUCAAUUGUCACCAGAAUACCGAGACUGCGGAUUUAAUUGGUGGAUUGCGGCCAGUUAGGAAUCGCGGUAUCGUCGAGGCGGAGGUCUUGCGAGAAUUCAAUGUACUACUUCCUCAUGUCGGAGAAGUAGAUAGAAUUAACAAUGUCAAGACACUGCUUCCUACUCUCGACUCGUUGCUCAAGAGGAAAGAUCUCGACGAGACACAUCGUUCAGAGCUCCAAGACAUUCGUGCAAAGGCGCUACGCUUGUCAACGCUCUUUCAAUGGUAUGAUGGCCCUUUAAUCGAAGCUAUGCGGAAGGGAGAUGUUUUCCUUAUGGACGAGAUUUCGCUAGCCGACGAUUCAGUCCUGGAAAGACUUAACAGCGUUCUUGAGCCUAGUCGCACUGUCGUGCUAGCCGAACGAGGAGACGAUGAGACGGACCUACCAGUCGUAGAAGCAGACGAACAUUUCAAACUUGUUGCUACCAUGAAUCCUGGUGGCGAUUAUGGGAAGAAGGAGCUAUCCCCUGCUCUUCGCAACAGGUUCACGGAAAUAUGGGUUCCUUCAGUUUCCGAUCGUCGAGAUCUCGAGCAGAUUGUUAAUAGUCUUUGGAAACACGAUUGCCUGAAGGCAUUCACUGAACCUCUUCUUGACUUCACUGACUGGUUGAGCGCGAAGGUCUCCGAUCGAUCUAUCAUUAGUUUGCGAGAUAUCUUGGCCUGGGUACAUUUCUCGAACGCUGUAUAUUCUACUACCUCGCACUCUACUUUAUCUCUGAGCGAUAUCUUUCAUCAUGCCGCAUUCAUGACAUUCUUGGACGGGCUGGACUCAUUGCCCCAACUAGCUUCAUACUCCCCUUCAGCCGUUCAGAACUUGAGGGCUGAGGCCAUCGCUCGACUCCACGAGCUAGUGCCACCAGCUCAUUCAUCGCCGGGGCAGAAUCCUACAUUUGACACCACUGAUCUGGUCCAGUUAGGAACCUUUGCGCUACCCAGAGGCCCCAAAGACAGCCAGCCAGAUCUUUUCAGUUUUCGGGCUCCCACUACGCGUGACAAUGUCAGCCGUGUCAUCAGGGCAUGUCAACUUCCCAAACCCAUCCUACUCGAAGGCAGUCCGGGUGUUGGCAAGACUAGUCUGGUCACCGCCCUGGCCAAUAUUUGUGGUUAUGAUCUCUGUCGAAUCAAUUUGUCCGACCAAACGGAUAUUAUCGACCUCUUCGGUUCAGAUCUUCCGGUUGAAGGAGAAGCUCCCGGACAAUUUGCUUGGAAGGAUGCAGAAUUCCUGCGAGCAAUGCAAGAGGGACAUUGGGUUCUGCUCGAUGAAAUGAAUCUGGCGCCUCAGGCUAUUCUCGAGGGCCUCAACGCAGUGUUAGAUCAUCGAGGAACGGUCUACAUCCCAGAACUAGGACGAUCGUUCACGAGACACCCGUCUUUCCGUAUAUUUGCCGCUCAGAACCCCGUACACCAGGGUGGCGGACGGAAGGGAUUGCCAAAGUCUUUCCUGAACAGGUUCACUAAGGUGUAUGUACAAGAGCUCAGGAAUGAAGACAUCCUAAUCGUAUGCCAGCACCUGUUCCCUGAACUUUCAGCGGACCUGUUGCGCGCCAUGAUUAUAUUCACUACAAGGCUGCACGAGGAAACAAUGGUGAAGCAAAGCUUUGGUCGCGAGGGUUCUCCUUGGGAGUUCAAUCUGCGCGACGUGAUCAGGUGGGGCUCGCUCCUUCGUAACGCGCGUUCGGUUAAACCUGGACAAUUCCUAUCUACGGUCUUCUCACAACGUUUCCGCAAUGAAACCGAUAGAGGGCAAGCUUGUGUCCUCUUCGAUGCUAUCUUUGCAGAUUUCGAUGCUGCACCCCGAGAUAUUCCGCGGCCAACCAUUUCGCCUUCCCAUAUUCAGGUUGGCUUGUUCAAUAUGGAAAGGCACGGACAAACGUCUGGUCGUCGCACAGGUCGACUACUACACUCUCAACUAUCAGCCGAUGAAUCUGUUGGACUGUGCGUCGCGAACCGAUGGUUGACCAUUCUAACAGGACCUCAUAGUGUCGGAAAAUCAACCCUCGUACGAACAAUGGCCGCGCUAGCUGGAAGAAGAGUUCGUGAAAUCUCCAUCAAUUCCGCCACCGAUGCCAACGAUCUUUUGGGAAGCUUCGAGGAGGUGGAUGUGCAUUCCCGAAUUAUGCACAUUCUUGAUUCCAUCACGGUUGUCUUGGAUGAACUGGCCACCUCGCUUGACGGUUCAAAGCUUCAGCUUGCGCUUGACUUUAGAUCUCUGGUGCACAGUACCUCUGCUGUUCAGUCUUCCGGCUACCUUGAUCGAAUUUUGGAGGCGGCUUCAACAUUACGUCUGUCUCUACAAGACAUGGCUUCGGAGUUGCCGAUUUAUGACACUCUGGUCUCAAAACUGGCAGUACUUUCAACUACAUCCGUGAUAGGUCGCUUCGAAUGGGUUGAUGGUCCAUUAGUAACGGCUCUGAAGGAGGGUUCUUGGUUGCUCCUCGAUGACGCAAAUUUGUGCAGCCCCUCGGUGCUCGAUCGGCUCAACGCCCUCUGUGAGAUCAACGGCUAUCUCACGCUGAAUGAGAAGGGUGCCACCGACGGCCAGGUGCAGACAAUUAGGCCACAUCCCGGCUUCCGCCUUUUUAUGUGUGUGAGUCCUCAGUAUGGAGAUCUUUCUCGCGCUAUGAGAAAUCGAGGGGUAGAGAUCGCACUUUUGCCACAUCGAAGCCGCGAGGAUCACAGGAUGUUGGUUGACCAUCUUCGUCUCCCUAGCGCAUAUGUAGAUUUGGUUGGUGAGGGUCUCGCUCUGCAUGCACGUUAUGCUUUCAUCCGAAGGGGGUCAUCAAUAUUCGGGACAAUUCCCGAUACUCGCAUUCCAACAAUGGCAUUGCUAGGCGAAGAUUCUCCGCUAGUUUCCGCUCUCGAAUUACACCCUCCACUAUAUACGCAAGUUCAACAUCCUCUAGCGCUUUCAUACUUCGUUGUGCAAAGUGCAUUACAAGCCUAUAUUCCCCAGCUAAAUCGAUUCCUCCGUGGGGCCAAUCUGCAUGUGCUGUCGAGCGUAUUGCGCGACUUCUCAGCGUCGCAUCUCUUUUCGCUUUCGCAGUCCAUGAGAAAGCAGUGGAGCGUUACUUACCAAAUUGCUCACGAUGUCCUUGCUGCCCAGCCCAAUGAUCUCAAGUUGUCGCGUUUAUCACUGAAGUCCAUGGUUUCCAUACCUGUCGACGAUCUAUCGACUUUGAACCUGCUCCUUUUGCGUCUAUUUGUGGCGUCGAAGGCGUUAAAGGAUGCUGUGGUUGCUGCUGCUACUGCUGCUUCUUCUUCAGAGUCACGCCCAAACUGGCAUUCGAACAAGCCGAACAUGCUAUCACAGCAUGUCAAGAGCGAUGCGAAUGCUUUGGUGCAAAUCGUUGCCGGCACGAGUCAGUAUCACGCAGACUCUGUCAGUGCCGAUAGUUUAGAUGAAGCCAGCAAAGUGAAGCUUUUGCUGAAACUUGUGGCUUUUUCACAAUACUUGCUGCGAGCAUUGACAGCUGACCCUAUGGAUUUCUCUGCACUUCAUGUUGCUGCCGGGUGGUUCAUUGACUGUUUCCGAGGGGAGCCCCAGGAAUUCUAUGAAAUCGAGGUCAGAGCUCGUGCCUUCGUAGAGACGAUGUCACUCUCGUCUGGACACGGGAUUUUGGAGCUAUGGGAUGCAAUGCAUUCCGUAAACCGUUCAGACGCACAUCCCAAGUGCGCUACUUUGGAGCGUGCUGCGCAUAAAGGGUCUCCAGCGUUGCGAUCCAGUAUACACGAACUUAUGGCCAUGCACACCAUAGCUAUAGAUCGCGAUGAAGAACAACACAGCAUGGCCAUUUUGACGGAACAAUUGAGAUCUGAGCCUGGCAUCGCAUCAGUAGACGAUGUUCCACGUAAACCGGAUGAUGUUCUCGUCCUUAUCGUGGAACUCGCAAUUCUUUCCCGACUCUUACCUGUGAACACCGUUUCCAUUCCCGAGACUGUGUUAUCCACCAUGCGCAAGCGACUGAAACUGAGUUAUGAAGAUUCAAGCUCUUCGCUCCAUCGUCUUGUGUCAUAUGUCUGUUUAACAUGGGCGGAUGAAGCUGGCAUCUCAAAGCUGCCUUCGGUGGCUAAUCUGCACCGAGAGUGGUUCGAGACGCUGUGGUCAACCCCAGGUGUGAAUUCUAUCGAGGGUCCUGCAUUGCUUUGCAUUCCUCUUGAAUUCAUUCGUACGAUGACCCUCUGUGACUGGAAGGACCAAACCCUAGGAUCUCUCGCCUCAUACGACGUAUCAUUGCAACAACACAGAAGUCUAGCUUUGCUACGGCUUGGACAAGAAAAACGAACUGAUGAACUUGCCAGCAUGCUCGUUCAAAGUGUCCUCUUGGUCGCUGUGCCUUUCCGAUCACCUUCUGUCAGCGAAUCUCUUGAGCUCAUCGCGAAUGCGGUGAACCGCGGCUCGUCGUGGCAAACGGUUCUGCCUGAGGUGCUUGCGAUACUCAGCCAUACCAAGUCUGGACCCAUAUCCAAUGCCUUCAAUCUGAUUUUGAAGCCACCGUUGCAGCAACUUCUGGAGCCGACCCAAACAAGCCGAAGCGUGCUAAAUCAACUCGGGCGCAGUUGGAUAGCUCUCGGACAACUCGUCUUGGAGCUCUUCGUACCCAGUGCUCCAAUCGAUCCUGCAGCUUUGCGUAAUUGUGCUCACCAGUUCCACAGCGAGGAAGAAGCUACAGCUUCUGCGCAACUCGAUUUGCACAUUCAACUAGAAAGGCGCGUCAGUGGGACAGACUCGAAUGAUACGAUUCGCUUCCUUCAAUUGUUACUUGAAGACAUAUGCAAACGCCUUGGCUCGGAACACUCAACUCUGGUCGACUCGCGCAAAGACCUAUCCCGCCUCCAUUCAUACUGGGCCGAAGUAGACCAAUUGUUGCAACACGUUCUGUCGCCUACCAAGCUUCAAGCAUUACUGUCUAGCUUCGAGGUUCCUGACGCAUCAGCUUUCUCGCGGGAACGUAUUGUGCAAGAGAGCCUCGUAGCUUUCUCUCAACGUCUGACCAUUCUUUAUGGUGAUUUUGAGGACAUGAACAAGCCGCUUCAGCUUGCUUUUCAUUUCCUCAAGUUUGGUCUCCGUAUUGUCUGUCACACGUCGAUGAAUCCGACUGAUUCAGCUAAGGAUGCCCUCGCCCUCUCCGUUGCAGCGUUUCCUACCAUCAGCAGCGCAGAGCAGAUCUCCGUGGGCGGCUUAGAAGGCGCGAUGCCCUUAACCUUCACAUCGCUCAUCGCUCGAUUGUCUGCCAUAUUUUAUCAGGCGGCUCUUGGAGACGUUACGGAUGCCCAUAUCCAAGAGAUCAAAUCUGUCUAUGAGCGGGCGUUUGGUCUCUGGAUGCUUGAUCGAGCUCGAACAGAGGAGAGGGAACGUGAAGCACAGUCCCUCUAUCGCCAAAAGAAAUCAGAAUAUGAUGCCUCAAACGAAGCAGAGCUUGAAGAAGAGGAAUUCCGUGACUUGUUUCCGGAGUUCGAAGACGUUUUAGAUGAUUCUCAAGUACCGAAGUCAUCCAAGAGGAGUCCCCAGCUGAUUGAACUGGAAGAUGCGAAGGUACUCUACGACGUUCAUCAAAUGCUCUUUUUGCCGGGUCACAACAGCCACCAGUCGAGCAGCGGACUCUCCCCACUCUUCAGUCACUCACGGAUUCGCUUAUCGCAAGAGCUAGUUGUUCCCUAUAUCGCCACCUUAUCGGAGGGCCUCGAUUCGCAUAGUCUACCAUUCCGCCUUAACCUUUUGAACCGAAGAAUCCAAAGUCUGCUCACACCUUCUCAAGAUUCUGACAAGCGAUAUGAUUUCUACUUAGAUGCGAAUAUACCCGAAACGAGGAAAGGUCAUCUUGUCAUUCAGGCCUUCCUGGAGCGUCUGGAAUCACUCAUCUCGGAUUGGCCAGAGCAAAUGGUGCUCCAUCAUCUAAAAUCCAGAUGUGAGGCUAUCACGGAUCUUUCCUUGUCCAGUCCGGUCGCCAAGAUUCUGUCCGCAUUGGAGCAAUUGCUUCUUCAUAGUGAGGAUUGGGAGCAAUUUGCGAAUCGUGACAAUUCCCUGAAAAAUCAGAGACAAAUCCUGAUCACUCAGAUCGUGGAUUGGAGACGCUUGGAACUCUCAUCUUGGCAAGGCAUUCUGGAAACACAAGCGAAGGCAUUCACAUCCGGGCUCUCAGAAUGGUGGUUCCGCCUGUACGAAGUUCUUGUCAGCGGGACUUUGAACGCGGCUGAAGAAUCCAGAGAUACCGGAGAGAGCACUACGGCAUACCUGGAUAGCCUGCUUCCGCUGUUGAAUGACUUCAUGACAACUAGCCCGAUAGGCCACUAUUCCGCACGUUUAGGACUUCUUCAAUCCAUGGAGGUUUUCGUCAGCCGCUUGGCAGCUCUUCACUCCGAUCCACACAAAUCUGCUCUCUCCCGUGUUCAUGUCAUCUUGUGCUCGUCGCGUCGUCAUUUCGCUCAACAUCAAUCAAAGAUUUCCACUCGGCUCUCCGAGCAACGAGCAGCAUUGGAGAAGGAAAUCAGAGGGUUCAUCAAACUCGCCAGCUGGCGCGACGUCAACGUACAAGCCCUCAAGCAAAGCGCUCAGAAGACGCAUCGUCUGCUGUACAAGAACAUUCGCAAAUUCCGGGACAUUCUCCGACAGCCGGUCGCUGAUAUCUUGCAGUCUUUUGCUGAAGAUAACGCACGCAAGCUAUCUCAAAAGCAUGGGUGCACAGCUGUCGCAAUGAUUCAGCCUACGAACAGGGUUGCAGACCCGUACUUCCCAGAGCGACAUGCACACCCUGAUUGCCCGCCACAUCUUGUUGAUUUACCGAAGACAUUUAGGAACUUUAGGAAUCAUAUCGAGGCUCGGAUGGUGCCUUUCGUAACUUCUCGCUCGGCGGCCCCAGUGAAUGAACUUGCGGAAGACGUACUCUCUACCGUGGAGACCUUGUCCAAAUCGAGCAUACCGACCAAUCUCGAGCCUGCGAAACGUGGUAAAUUUUUCAAAAACCUGCUUUCUCGUAAACGGAAGGCGUGGAGCGAUUUCAUGAAGGAACUGAAACGAGCAGGUCUUUCCGCCAACGUCAAGCCUGACAUACUGGCCCACCAGCAGAGCAUGAGAUGGCUUCGAGAGCAGCCACUUCUCGUUGCCACGCCGAACUUUGCUGAGGUCACGGAGGAUAUCGAAGAUUAUUUCUACAGAGUGCUUAGUGCGCUCCCGGAUAUCAGGGCAGCCUUGUCCAACCAUCAUGACGACCUAUCCACCCGAGACCUUCAACGUAGUCUUAUGUUUGUGGAGUCUAGUUUUACCUUUGCUUUGCGGAGCAGAUCCAGGCUCGCGGAUACCUUUACCACAUUGAGGCGCCUCCAUGGUCUCCGUUCCCGUAUUCAUGCCAUUGCGUCUGCUGGCGGCGUCUUUUUGUCUGGUCCUGGGGUGCUACCGCUUGUUCUACACGCAAAAGAUACAGCUGGUAAAGCGGCUGACGCAAUGAGAGAACUCCGUGAUCAUCUAGAUCACCUUCGAGCAGAGAUCGACAUCUCUUCCCCAACGAAGAACGAGUUGGAGAACCUCGCUACGAGCCUUCAAGGACACGCACAGGCGUUGCAAGAAGUGUGGUCUAAAGUAACUCAAUCUCGGCACCCAGUGUUGUUGCGUGAUGAGGUGGUUGCGAUAGCGGCGGCUACGCAAUCAUUUUCCGAGAUACUGCGAAAACUCAAUGAUUGGACAGUAUCAACGCCGCAACUUCGACAGUACUUUGAGCCCAUCCACUCGUGGCUUGCGUCGAAGAUUCAGCCCGAGCCUUCAGCUGGCCCUAAAAUGACCCAAACCAACCAGGACUUCUUGAUCGAACCACUGCUGCUUUCCAUACAGUCGCUUGUGCGAAUUGCUAGUAAUACUCCCGACCAUUCUCAAGAUGCGGAGGCUCCUGACGGUUUCAUCCGCGAUGGAGUGGCAUUGGCUAUCAGCUUGACUUCUAAGCUCAAUCUGGAUUCUGUUGCCGACGAAGUCGAUGCCGCCAUCGAAACGCUAUCUACUCUGCCUCAGAGUGAUGUACAACCAUGUGUCGGACGAUUCGCACCCUUCUUAGAUGAAUUUAUGAUCUUGGUUGAGGCACAAGCCCAAAUGCAUGCUGGAUGGACUCGAUCGCUUUUCAAACUCAAUCUUGUACUAGCGUCCAUCGUACGCACGGUCUCUCGGGAAGGGUUUUGUCAACCAAAGGAGACUGAGGAAGGUGAAACCGGAGAUGAAGGAGGGGAAGCCGUCGAGGGGACUGGUCUAGGUGAGGGCACGGGCAAGGAGAACGUCAGCAAGGAAAUUCAAGACGAAAGUCAGGUCGAAGGAUUGCAGGGUGAAGAUGAGACCAAUGAAGAUGAGGAUGUGGAGCGAGCGGAGGAAGGUAAUGCAGUAGAGAUGAGUGAGGAUAUUGGUGGCAAGAUGCAGGAUGUUCCCGACGCCGCCUCCGAAGAUGGCGAAGGUGACGAGGAGGAAGGAAGUGAACAGGAUUUAGAUGAACAGCUGGGAGAUCUUGACGCUUCUGAUGAGAACACUAUUGACGAGAAACUCUGGGGCGACGAGCCUGGCCCCAAGGACGAAGACGAUACGUCAAAGGAGCCAAGUAAAGACGAUGGCAAGCAGAGUGGUGACUCGCAGAUAGCAGCCAAACAAGACAGUCAGAACCAGCCCUCCGAUGCACAAGAAGGUCAAGACAAACAAGAAGCUCCUGCUGAAGAAGCAGAAGCGGAGGAGGUUGGCGAGGAGGAAGUACCGGAAGAAGCUGGGGCCGAAGGUGCACCAAUCGACGAACACCUCAAGAGCACUGAGAUCCUCGACUUACCAGACGACUUGGAUAUGGAUAUGGACAAAGACGGGCAAGAUAUAAAGAUUGGUAAUGAAGACGAGGAUAUGAGCGGUGCGGAAGACUUGGGAGAGGAUGCUGAGCCUCCUGAAUCUGCUGACCAUCAAGAUGACGAGAUGGAUGUAGAUUCUGGUCAGGAGGAAACGGGAAAAUACGAGGAUACCAACGAUCUGAACGACGACAGACCAGAACAAGAGAGCUCUGAGGAUAACCAACCAGACGCAGCUGUUGCACAGGCCGACGUCCACAGUGGUGAUGGAACUGGAGAUAGCAACAUCACGACUGCCGAUACAACUGCCGAUGCCGUCGAAUCUAAAGAAUCAGACGGUGCACCACAAGCUCGAGGCGGACAGGCUGCGGGCCCCUCUGAGAAAGAGACCGACAGUCAAGAGCAAAACAAAGAUGCCACCGGUUCUUCUGAGCAGGAACUCCAAACUGAAAACGCAUUGAUUGAGCAGUCUGCCGAUGCUACGGCGACGGGCACUCAAAGGAGUUCUGCAGGAAUAUCGUCUCAAGCGGAAGUUCCACGCCUAUCUAGCAAUCCAUUACGCAGCCUCGGCGAUGCCUUGCGGGAAAUCACUCAACGCUUCGAUGAGAUCCUCGAGAGCGAGGGAUCAUGCGAUCACAAAGACAAACAGAUGGAUGCCACUACGGCUGGCCAGUUGGAGUAUCUGCAACCGGAUGAAACCGAAUCUGAGAUGCAUGCUCUUGGACCUGCAGGCCGCGACGAAAUAGCGAAGUUGAACGAGCUGACAAUUGCCGAUGAGGAAAUGCAAGAUGACUCCAACAUCGCCAUGGCGGAAGAUCAACCCUCCCUUGAACCGGAGUAUGUCGAUUAUCCGUCCAAGAGACUUCAGGAGCAAGCACGGGAAGGUCCCAAUGCUCCUAGAGAAGAUGUCGAUGGCGCACUCAUCCCAUCUGACGUUCGUUCACAAUUGGCUUCCUCGGGUGUUGAUGCUGUUGGACCCCCUGUACCCUCGAGCGAAACUGGAGAAGACGCGCAGGACCUGGUGGAACGGCAGCUUCGCCAAUGGCAAGCUCAAGGCCAACCAUCCACCGAGGCCGAACACAUCUGGCGUCUUUACGAAUCGCUGACCCACGAUCUAUCUUAUGCCCUUUGCGAGCAACUGCGUUUGAUUCUUGAACCUACGAUGGCCACCCGACUGAAGGGAGACUAUCGUACGGGCAAGAGACUCAACAUGAAGAAGAUCAUUCCGUACAUUGCCAGCGAGUACACCAAGGACAAAAUUUGGCUCCGUCGCACAAGGCCCAGUCAAAGAGAAUAUCAAGUCCUGGUUGCUCUCGAUGAUUCUCGCUCUAUGUCUGAGUCUCAUUCCGUCCACCUUGCGUAUCAAACGUUGGCGCUUGUAUCCAAAGCCCUGAGUCGUCUCGAAGUAGGUGACAUUGCGAUUGCAAAGUUUGGCGAAUCCGUCGAAGUGCUCCAUGGUUUCGAUCAGGGACCUUUCACUGAUCAGGCGGGGACUACAAUCAUGGAUGCAUUCCAUUUCAACCAGAAGGCUACCCAAGUGCUGUCUCUCGUAGAAAGGAGUUUGUCUUUGCUCGAGGAGGCUCGUGAGCGUCGGUCAACAUCCUCUGCUUCUGCGGGAGAUCUAUGGCAGAUGGAGAUCAUCAUAUCUGAUGGCAUUUGUCAGGAUCACGACCGUUUGCGUACGAUCCUACGGAAGGCAGAAGAGCAGCGGGUCAUGGUCGUGUUUAUCAUCCUUGACUCGUUACAUACUGGGCAUUCCGGAAAUCCGAUGGGCGAGGUAUCCAAUCAGGGACAGAACUCGAUUCUUUCAAUGAAUCAGGUCGCGUAUAAGGAAGUUGAAGGUCGGAUGGAUCUUACAGUGUCCCGUUAUCUUGACACUUUCCCCUUCGAGUAUUAUGUGGUGGUCCGAGAUGUGGAAGCACUACCUGAUGUCCUGGCUGGAACUCUGAAGCAAUUCUUCGAACGAAUUUCGGAAGAUUAAUAUCUAUCUAAUACCUUUGUAUCCUCUUCGUAGUCGUGUCGUAUAGGUUUUGCUGUUGUCAAUUAUGUACUGUAACAGUCUGGGAGACAAAAUUGUAGAGUAUUGGAUUCAACGACUGUAUUUAUGAAUCUACUAGAUAUCCGACAGCGGAACGAGCCACCUCUUAACGC